AUGGCAGCCUUCGCUGCUGCGGCCACUGCUGUGUCAGCCGCCUCGCUCAAGGACAUCAAGCACCUCGUCUUCUUCAUGCAGGAGAACAGAGGCUUCGACCAUUACUAUGGCACCAUGGCCGGUGUGCGCGGUUUCGCUGACCCUAACGUUCCCGUCUCUGAGAAUAACCUCACGACAUUUCAACAACCCGUCAACCCCGCUGUGGACGGCAGCUCCAUCUUGACGCCUUGGUAUAUUAAUUACGCUGGUGGCGAUUAUUCAAAUGCGACGCAGUGCAUGGAUGCCGGGAGCAACGGCUGGGUUGCCAUGCACGGCGCCUGGUCCAAUGGCGCCUACAACAACUGGACACAUGCCGAUACCCUCUACAGCAUGGCCUACUUUACUCGCAAGGAACUGCCCACCCAUUUCGAUAUCAUGGAUAGCUUCACCAUUUUGGACAUGAACCACCAGUCCAUCAUGGGGCCGACUGACCCAAACCGUUGUAUGUGGAUGAGCGGCUCUGUCAACUCGCCGGGAUCGCCAUCGAACCCUGACAGCGACGGUGGUGCCAUGCUUGAUAAUACUAUCACGCCAGGCUGUGAUAUUACGUACCCAGUCAAGGCCAACUGCUUUCCUUUCCAGUGGAAGACGUUCCCUGAGUACCUCCAGGACGCUGGUAUCUCGUGGCAGGUGUACCAGGACCUGGAUAACUUCGAGGACAACCCACUUGCCUACUUUGAGCAAUACCUGUACGCCGCCAAUGGCUCGGCGCUCAAGGAGAAGGGUGACUCAUACCUUGGCUUGCAGGCAUUCACCAAGGCCGCUGCCGAGGGAACUUUGCCGGCUGUCAGCUGGAUUAUUGGUCCGGCGGAGCUAUCUGAGCAUCCGCCUAAUCGUCCCGUGGACGGUGCCUGGCUCCAACAGCAAAUUGUAGAGGCUGUGGUGGACAGCCCCCUCUACAACGAGACCGUUUUGGUUAUCAGCUACGAUGAGCAGGGAGGCUGGUUCGACCACGUGCCGCCCGUCGUUGCUCCAAAGGGAACUCCUGGUGAAUGGCUCAUUGACCCGUACACAUCGUCUGAUCCGGAUUACUACACUGCCCUUGGGCCCGGUCCCCGUGUUCCGCGUGUCAUUGUCUCGCCGUACACCACGGGUGGUAACGUAUUCACUGAGUUGACCGACCACACUUCCGAUAUCAUGUUCGCUGAGGCGUGGGCUGCUGCCCAGGGCUACAAGGGUGUCCACAGCCAGGAGAUCACCCCGUGGCGUCGUGCCACCAUGUCCAACCUAGUGAACGCCUUUGACUUCGAGAACCCCAACUUCACCAAGCCCUACAUUUCCCCAGUCCCCGAGCCCCCCACGCUCCCCAUCCAGCCGUCCGACUUCAGCGGCAAUAUUUCCACUCUUGGCUCCAACACCGGCCCGUGGGCUCAGCCUUCGUUGUGCUUGUCUGAGUACCCCAACAACCAACCGGCUAUCCCCUUCGGGCCCGCAAACACCAACCAGAACAUGAGCCUCCUUGUUGAGGAGGGCUUUAAGCGGGUCCGCGGUCAGCUAUCGGAGGGCCGCUAUCUGGUCUUUGAGACCGCACACUUCUCCUUGACCAACGUCGACGGCAUCGUUAUUCUGUUACCCGCCACCGCCGCUCACGAGGACAUCCGCCAGCGCUGGAUCAUCCACGCGGCUGAUGACGCUGCUGUUCCCACCUCUUUCUACAUCCAGUCUGCAUUGGAUAAGACCUACAUCGCUGCCAAUCCCCUAGGCUGGCUUACCUCGGACGUCAAGCACGCGCAGGCCUUCACCUUCAAGUACACGGCCAACGGUGCCACCUACACCCUGCAUCCCACAGACAACGACGACAUAUGGACCAGCAUCCUAGGGGACCUUUCGUCCUUCGUCAAGUUCAAGAUUUUCAGCGUUGCCUACCACUAG